GGGCGCGGCGUCUACCGGUACGCCAGCGGCAACGUUUACGACGGCGAGUGGAAGGCGGGAGAGCCCGAGGGGCGCGGCGUCUUCCAGUACGCCGACGGCAGCGUCUACGACGGCGAGUACAAGGCGGGUAAGAUGGAGGGGCGCGGCGUCUACCAGGCCGCCAACGGCAACGUUUACAACGGCGAGUGGAAGGCGGAUACGCCGGAGGGGCGCGGCGUCAUGCGGUACGCCAGCGGCAACGUGGAGUCGGGCUUCUACAAGCAGGGUGACCCCGUCGGC